GUUAUUUUAAAAUAUAAUUGUACAGUAUUAUGACUGAUUCUUUCUUUUGAAGAGAAUCCGCAAUCAGUAUUUUAUAGUUUAAUUUACAUAAGUUUUAAAUAACUCUAACAAAAUGUCUAGCAAUACAUCCUAUCAAGAUGAAACCCCCGUCGUUGAGGUUAUCUUCGAAAAGGAUUUGUCGUCUUCCGAAGAACCUCCCAUGGAAGAAUGGUCUUCUUUGCUUUUCGAAGUGCCUGAAGAAAAUGUGAAGCGACUACAAUAUGCUGAGGGGCUGUACGACCCAGGGAGCGGAGAAAUUUGCACGAAGUACAUUCCACUUUCUGCCAGCUCUAUAUUACGACAUCCUUAUUAUAAUUAUCCGGGAAUAAUCGAUCCUGGAAUCCAAGAGGCUCUUCUACAUCCAGAACCAAAGAUAAUUUACCCUGAUGACGGACAAGAGCUAUAUAUGGCUCUCUGCAACGAAAUGGAUAUUUGUCCUGUAAGAUCAUUCUAUCGAGAACUCCUGGAAGACAAAAUAGAUUUAAAGUUCUACGGUAUCAAUCCUAACGGGUUUCGGGCCAUGGCAAUGGCUCUGAAACUGAAUAGGUUUGUAACAGUUCUCGAUUUGACAGACAAUUGGAUAAACGAAGACGGCUGUUUCCAUUUAGGUGAGAUGAUAUUAGAAAAUUAUACUCUUACAGAAUUAAAUCUGACUGGUUGUAGAAUUGGUCCAACGGGAGCAAAACGCCUGUGUGCUCACUUGCAUUUGAACAAGACUCUCCGAGUUCUGAAUCUUUCUAAAAAUAAGUUAAACGAUGAUGGUGUAGAUAUACUUGCCAAUGCUAUAUUUAGGGGUUCUGCACUGACACAAAUAAACCUUAGUUAUAAUAAUCUAACUGGAAAAUCUCCGGCAAAGUUAGCUGAAGCUUUUGAAACUAAUAACAGACUCACUCAUUUGGACAUGUCAUGGAAUAGCAUGUUGUCUCCUAAUGCAAUAUUCGCGCUCUGUACUGAACUGUCAACGAACCGCGCAUUUGAAGUAUUAAAUUUGUCGUGGAAUUCUCUGAGUGGGUCUCGCAUCGGAAAGGCAAUAGCUAAACUAUUGAAGCAUCCGAAACUUCGUCAUUUAAAUUUGAGUAAUAAUAAAUUGGAGGGACCAGCUAUAAGAUUCUUAGCAGCCGGUUUACCAAGGGCCCCGAAGUUGGAUACGUUGGACUUGUCUUAUAAUCCGCUGUCGGAAGCUGACGCGAUAAAGUUGGUGGAGCGUUUGAGGGAAUCGAAAGUUAAACUGAAGCGGCUCUUGCUUGAUAACGUGGCUGUGAAUGCAGAGUUCAUGGAGAUCAGGAAAGAGGUCCUGGCCUACAAGUCCCGUAGCGACACUGUUAUCACUUGGGGCAGCCUUAAUGAAACAUUUGUACCGAAAGGCACCGAUAUCAGGGAUAUAGUUUUCAACAGAUGUGAGGCUAUCUGCAAGAAAUCUAAGAAGAGACCAGUAGACAUAGCGCUUGUUAUCCAGCAGAUGUACAGGGAUAACCCCGAACCCCUGACUGUUAAGGCCUUUACAAUUACUGUGAGAAGUCAUGGGGCUCAACUUGACGACGAUUUAAUCGAGGAGCUGGCUGUAAGGUUUCCAGGGCCAAGGACUGAGAAAAUGAGGUUUGUGAGUUUACCCGCAAUGAUUGAUUAUCUUAAGCGUAAAUGGCCAGAUCGGAAACUUCCUCCAACACCACCUCCCGAGCCCGAACCGAUACCAGUACCUAAAAAAGAUAAAGGGAAAGGAAAAAAGAAAUAAUUAUUAAUUAAUAUUAUAAGUUAAUUAGUAACGUUUACAUUUCUAAAUGUUAUUCAGGAUAAAAUGUGAUUUGUAAGUAUUUAAUUAAUAUAAUUUGUUUUACUUUCUAGAUUAUUAUUAAACUCAUAUGUGCUA